AUGGCGUCAACGCUUACCGCUACUCAACAAGCCCUAGGCAUCGCGGAACUCCUCGAGAAUAUUUUGCAACACCUCAGCCCGACGGAUGCUUUGUCGAACAAACAGAUGGUGUCCAGUACCUUCUAUAACUGCAUCAACAGAUCGUCCGUUCUCAGACAGAUCUUCUUGCUUGACGCCAACCGAGUCGAGGAAGAUGAAGCCGAUAGCAAGCUCUACUUCCCCUUAAGCAAAAUCUUUCCCGCGUAUGGAUCUCAUGAGGGGCGCGGAGUCCUCAUUCCUGGAUACAAAUACCGACCUUUUAUCUUUCUGAAUCUCGCAGCCAUCAGAUGUUUUGUUCCUGCGGACUCCUACUACGUAGAUCAAGCUGCGGUGAGCAGAGCUUUUAUUCCAUCAGGCAAAGAUCGGCUCCUAAGAUUAAAACCCGGAAGUCGAAGUUGGGACUGGGAAGCGCCUAUCACCCAAGUCCGUCCAUCAGCCAUACACCCAUUCAUCGCCCGCAAUCUUUGGAUUUCAAAUGGUUUCUUUUGGACUGGCUUUGGCUCCCAUGCAGUAGUCUUCAUGGAGGACCCCUUGCCCAUUUCGAAAUUGGGUCUCUCCUCUACCAAAAUCUCGCGAGUGAUCGAGGAGAUAUUAUUCCAGGUACAGAGAAGCCCUACCGCUAGUUGGAUCAAAUCUCAGCUCUCGAAUCCCGCUUUCACCACUGUCAGCUUGGUUAUGCACUGGGAGAUCUCCAACCGCUCUACCCGGGUACACUUUGUCCAUCGCUUCAAAAGCUUCCGUCGCGCUACCGGUGUACUGGUUGACGAUCUUCUGAUACUUCUCGCCAGGUACUUCUUCGAGCGGCUCGAAUUUGCUGGCCGUUCUGACGCGCUCUUCGUCCCCCAACAAGAUCUCGCCGCGGCUAACGAGCUCACGAGACUACUGGACCCUGUCGGUUACUUUUACUUGAGCCAAGCCUGA